AUGUCAGAAACAGAGAUAAACACCAUACCGAAUGAAGAGGACGAAGAGAAGGACGGCUACGUGGAGGAGGAAGACGAGGACUUUCAGCCGGAAAGAGAGAGGGCAGGCGGCAGUAGCGAGGACGAGGACGAAGAUGACGAGCAUAUCGACAAGGGCAAGAGUCGAAGCAAGAUAGACUACUCGCGUAUAGAGAGCGAGAGUGGCGGACUGAUCAAAACAAGGAGGGCCCGGCAGGCAGAGAAGGAGUAUGCGGACACACACAAGUACGAAUCGCUGGCAGUGGAGUCGAUUCCAGCAAAAGUAGACAGCAUCUGGGAAGAGCUACAGCGGGCGAGUUUCGAUCGUCUCUCUAGGAAAUCUGGAGAGGUGGGUUCUGUUUUAGACACUUCAAACGAUUCCGCGCCAACAACGGGCACGCAGCAGGAGGACAAGGUCCUGAUCGAGAGAAACUACAAGUUUGCCGGUGAAACGGUUAAUGAGAAGAAAUGGGUUGCACGUAGCAGCGCAGAGGGCCAUGAAUACUUGAAUAGUUUGAAGUUCAAGCACCAGGCGCCCGCGGCACCUGCACCUGCACCUGCACAGCCGAGCAAGAUAGUCAAGGCGGAUUCCAGCGAGAGCCGGCGGCACUUGCGCCGGCCGCUGAAGAGGCAGCCUCUGCUAGAGCAGAUCAUCUCCGGUGGGCUGCGGCCCAAGCUGACGACGCUGGAGAAAUCGCAGCUUGACUGGGCCAGUUAUGUAGACCGCGCUGGGCUCAACGACGAGCUGGUGUUACAUAACAAGGACGGGUUCCUGGAGCGGCAGGAAUUUUUACAGCGGGUUGGGUCCGCAGAGGACGAGCGCUACAAGGAGCUGCGCCGCCAGCAGCUUGCUCAACAGAUGCAGCAACAAGAUGGUGGCGCUCCAUAG